AUGCAAAAUCGCAUCACUCGCUUGGAAGAUCUAAUUCUGGCUUUGAUGCGUGGUGAUUCCAAUACCGAUGGCUCAAGCGCGGGAGCUGCCACCCCUGUGGCUGGGACUGCGACACCAGACGACAAAGCGACCACACAAGGUCAAGACGGUAAUGCUCGUCUUGGUGGCAACUUGGCCAACUCUCUGGGCUACCUCAACAUUGACCCAAACCAGGGGAACUCGAAGUACAUCAGCCAAGAGCACUGGCAAACCAUGUUAUCAGAAGUUUCAGAGGUCAAGGCCUACUUUGCCAACCACGAGAGGGAACUGGAGACAGGACACGAGCGAGUCAGUAUGUCCAAACCAGCAAGCAGUAGAGAAGGCCUUAAUUUCCUCCUCGGGGCCGUGCCUCCUGCGACCGAGGUCGAGCUACGAGCGCAGUUGCCGCCCAUGUCGACUGUUCUUGCGUUGUGUUCGCGGUACUUUAACUCGCUGGACAAUCCUAUCAUUAUUGUGCACCCGCCGACAUUUAACCAGCAACUACAAAGACAUUGGGAAGACCCGUCCAAGACACCAAUCAUGUGGCUAGGCUUGCUCUACUCCAUCUUGUGCCUCGCGAUGUUGAGUUACCAUAAAAUCGGAGAUGAGCCCAGUGAAUGGGAAGGACAGACGUUAAAACUGGCGGGUGAGUACCGGUUACGAACCGUGCAGUGUCUGGUUACAGCGGACUAUACGAAGCCAGUGGAAAAUACGGUCGAGACAAUGCUGCUCUACGUCUUUGGCGAGUUCUCGGCGCGGCCUGACAUCGAUCUGGGGCUGUGGCUGGUUGUCUCACUGGCCACCAAACUUGCCUUCCAUAUGGGAUACCACCGCGAUGCAAAGUGGUUCCCAUCAUUGACGCCGUUUCAGGGUGAAAUGAGACGGCGGACGUGGGCUUUGCUAAGAAUAGCUGACGUGAUGUUUUCUCAUCAGGUGUCACUGCCUAACACAAUCCACAGUCACCAGUGUGAUACCCAUGUGCCUACCAAUCUCUAUGACGGGGACUUUGAUCCCGGAACCCAGAUUCUGCCUCCAUCUCGCCCAAACAACGAGCUCACGCCGACGGCAUACAUGAUCGCGAAGGUGCAAUUAUGCAAAGAGAUGAGCGACAUCCUACAGGUGACAAACCGUGUGGAUGGCCCGGUUCCGUACGAAGAAAUCAUGCGCCUCGAUACCCGGCUUCGUAAAGUCUACCAGGAGCUCCCCGCGCAUCUGCGAGUCGUGCCAGACGACGGCCGUCACGAAUCAAUCACAGUAACCAUGGCAAGGUUCAGCAUCAACGCGCUUUACCUGAAGAUCAUUUGCCUCUUGCAUAGAAAAUACGUGCCUCGCGCGCGGCAAAACCCCCAGUACGCUUAUUCGCGCCGGAGCGCUGUCACAGCCGCGUCAGAGACGCUACGCAGCCUCAUCACUCUGCAUGACGAAUCAAAAGAUACUAGUACCAGUACCAGUACCAGAGGAUCUCGGCCGCUAGAGUGGUUCCUGAAGUUAAUGGCCACCAAGGAAUUCCUCGUCUGCGCGAUGCUUGUGGCGCUGGACCUCCACUAUGACUGUAUUGCUGAGCGGAGCAUUGACGAAAGAAUCCAGGCGACGGCGCAGUUCUGGACAGUCAAACAACGCGCGGAGUUGCUGAGCAAUUUGAAAACAAUUCAUGGGAUUUGGGAGGGACUAGCGGGUGGCUCGACGGAGGCUCUGCAGGCUUCUAAUGUGCUUGACAUCAUGUUACAGAAAAUCAACAGCCCCGCCGCCGCAGUGCGGACUACACAGGAGACGCCGAUCACGAGCAGCAGCCAUCCCCAUCCUCUGAAAAUCAAUACUUUCCCCAUCGAACAGCCGGAGCACACGAGUGCAAUGAUGCUAGACCCGCUUGCACCAGGCAUGAUGGCAAGCACAGCCGCGGCAGGCAGUGCGGCGCAAGGCUUUAGUGCUCCGCUCAACAUGGACUUUAGCAGCAUUCCGUAUGGAGGCCUGGGGGACGCCGGCGAGGCGAGGGCGUCCGGGUCGCUCUCGGGGUUUCCGAGUCUCAUGGCAGGCAGUGACUUUGCCGAGGACUUUGACUGGAAUGCCUUUGAAACCUUCACUCAAGGAGGAAAUUGGGGAGGCGGUGAUAUGUUUCAGAUGUUUCCCGGGUCAUAA